UUUUGUGUUUAGUUUGAUCUGUGACUAGCGUUUGAAUAACAUGUUGGACGUUUCGUGGUCUAAAUGGAUGAGUCCAACAUCCCUAUAGCCAUGACGGCCCUAGCCGGAUUGAUAGGCGGAUAUUAUUGGGUGUGGAGUCGUUCCCGCUUUGUCCGUCUCAUUGACGCUCUACCCGGACCGAAUCCACUUCCUUUGCUGGGCAACCUCCUCCACCUAUUGAAAUUCUCUCCCGAUGAAAUGUUGCUGGGCAUGAACCACCGUCAUCCAAUUUACAAGAUGUGGAUCAGCCGUUUCUUUCCAGUGGUUUUCAUCGCUCAUCCUGAGCUAUGCAAACCAAUUUUAUCCAGCAAUAAAUAUGUGACGAGGCCACGGGAAUACCUCUUUGCUUUUUCCGAAAACAGCCUUCCCAUCUUAACGGGCAAGCCGUGGAAAAAGCGCCGUCGCAUGCUCAACCCGGCGUUCCACUUGCAAAAUCUCAACGGGUUCGUGGAUAUUUUCAACGACUUGAGCCUCGACUGCGUUGCGAAAAUCGAACUAAUAAUUCUCGGGACGGCAUCAUCAUCAUCAGGCUGCCAAGAAAUUGACGUCCAUCCGAUUAUGUCUCUGCUGGUGUUGAAUCUAUCAAUUUCACAACGAUUUCACUUGCGCAUAUAUGUACAUAUUCGAAAUCUUUUCUAAAAUUUAUCAUAUAGGGGACUAUACCUUGCCAAAGGAUUUAACAGUUUUGGUAAACAUUUACGGCACCCAUCGCAAUCCUGAAUUUUUCCCCGAUCCGGAUUCUUUCAAACCGGAACGAUUCCUACCGGAGAACAGCGUCGAUCGACAUCCGUAUGUCUUCAUUCCAUUUAGCGCUGGCGUCCGUAAUUGCAUCGCGCCGAAAUACGCCAUGAUGAAAAUGAAAGUUGCUCUGGCCAACAUAUUGCGCAGGUUGAAAUUUUCUCUUUCUGAUCCAUCGGGUCCACUGCAAACUCCGGCCAUUCAUGCCAUGCUGAAACCCAAGGGCGGCAAAUUCAAUCUCAUUGUUUCUAAAAGAUUGGGCCUUUCUUAAAUAAUGGCAUUAUAUUUGCAUAUUUAGUAUAUUUAGAUUUUUCGCCACUUUUGAGUUAUAGAAGGAAAACACAAUUCCUAUAAAAUGGCAACGCUGGUUCAUUGUAACAUUUCAACUUUGGCAACGCAAAUAAACCUUAUAUUGUUUGGUCAAA